UUCUACGGCUACCCCAGUCUUCAUCAUGGCUGACCGUGCGCCUACUCUUACCGUCCCAACUUCCAAAGAGGAUCCUGGUUCGUCAUGGAAGAAGGAUGAAGAACAACAUCUUCCAAAGAACAAGAUCGGCAUAGUCUUCUUUGGUCUGAUGUGCUGCACAUUCUUAGCUGCAUUAGAUCAGACUAUCGUUGCUACAGCGCUCCCAACCAUUGUUGGAGAACUAGGUGGCGGUCAGAAUUAUAGCUGGGUAGGCAGUGCGUACAUGCUGGCGUCUGCUGCGUUAGGACCACUCUACGGCAAACUUUCCAACCUCAUAGGGCGAAAACCAAUAUUGUACAGUUGUAUAGUGAUAUUUUUGAUUGGGUCUGCGUUAUGUGGCGCUGCUCAGAACAUGACCUGGCUUAUUGUUUGCCGAGCCGUUCAAGGCAUUGGUGGUGGAGGCAUUAUUCAGCUCGUGCAGAUUACUAUAUCAGAUAUAGUGUCCUUACAAGACCGAGGAAAAUAUGGAGGAUUCAUUGGUGCAACAUGGGGAAUUGCUAGUGUUGUCGGACCUCUUCUCGGAGGUGUCUUUACGGAUCAUGUAUCCUGGCGAUGGUGUUUCUGGAUAAAUUUGCCGACAGGGGGGCUUGCGGGAGCCCUUCUAUUUUUCUUUCUCAACCUCAACCCCACACCGCAUCGACCUUUCAAGGAACAUAUGCGCGAAUUUGAUUUUAUUGGAUUGAUCGUUAUCGUCGCGGGCGUGGUUUGUCUCCUCAUCGGAUUCAAUUCUAGUGAGACGACAUGGAAGAGUGCGGAAACCAUUGCUUUGCUGGCGAUCGGUGUUGUGUUACUCGUUGCUGGUGGCAUCAACGAGCUGUUUACGAAACGUUCACCAAUCAUACCUCCUCGAAUCUUCAGGACUCGAACAACCGGUAUUAUCCUAAUAACAACUUUCCUCCACGCGAUGACGUUUUUCGCUGGAUCUUAUUAUCUUCCACUCUACUACCAAGUGCUUGGCGCUUCAGCAACAGGUUCUGGAAUUCGAAUGCUUUCCUACUCCUUGGGAGGAGCCGCACUGUCUGCCUUGUCGGGCCAGAUAGUAACGCGUACUGGAACCUAUCGCCCUUUGAUGUGGUUUGCAUGGGGUGUGAUGACUCUGGGCUGGGGUCUUAUGACGAUGCUUGAUAAUACUUCCAACACCGCUGAGAAAGAAAUAUACCCCUUAAUUACGGCUAUCGGCAUUGGGUGUCUUUUCCAGACACCACUCAUCGCAUUGCAAGCUGCGAUGCCGAUCAAAGACAUGGCAACUAGCACCGGGGCGUUUGUGUUUUUGCGAACUCUCGGCGGUACCGUGGGCAUCACCGUCGGAGAAGCGAUUCUUUCAAGCGUUCUUCAACAGCGUCUAAGCUCAAUACCGGGCAUUUCAUCUAUCGACACAUCCGCAACAGGACUCAACGACAGCAUUAGGACUAUUCCGCAGAUCAGUGACCCCACGCUGCGAAAUGAACUCAUGCACGCAUAUACAAAAGCAAUCAGCACUAUAUGGAUCGUCAACACGCCACUUGUAGGCGUUGGCUUCAUCAUGAUUAUCUUUGUUCGUGCAUAUUCCCUGAAGCGAAACAUUGUCAAGAACGGGGGUGCCAAAGGGGACUUAGAAAAGGCACAACCCACGCAGGAAAGCGAUCCACAACCAGAAGAAGCGAAAACACUUCCACCAGAUGCCGUGUGUGACGACGCAACAGAGCGUACCCGCACUGGUGAAGACAGCAUACAAGAGGAGACACAGAAAGGUGAUCAACAGGUAUAGUACAGAGUCUGAUCAUCGAGCUUGCCAAACCCUUCGCAUGGUAGAUGGCUACAUCAGGGACCUCAUGGUGAAGCAAUGACUCCAUUGCAGAGUACAUAUGCAUCCAUUCACAAUGUACACCGAAGUGCUAUUACUGCACAAUGACGUUUAAGCUUGAGACAUGCAUAAUGUCAAAGUUAUAUC